UGGAAAGUACUGUACUAACAACAUUUGAUAAAUUAAAGAGGGAAAUGAUAAUUAGACGAAAAGUGCAUUUAGUUUUAUUACUUUCUGUAAUAUACAUAUAUCAUGUGAUCGCUAUUCCAAACUUAGAUACACGUGCUACAUCGGAACCCACGCCAAAGAUUAUCGGAAUUAAAAAUGAUCAUUAUAUUGAUGAAUUCGGUAGACAGAGAUUCUUUCGUGGACUGAACGUUGUUUAUAAAGGAUUCCCAUACUAUCCUAGAAUUGAUGCAUUUGAUCCUGUAACUUCGUUCACCGAAGAAGAUAUGAAGAUUUUGGCCAGUGUUAAUAUGAAUGUUAUUAGACUUGGAGUUCUAUGGGCUGGCGUUGAACCAGUACGAGGAAAAUAUAAUGAAACUUAUUUAAAAAUCAUAAAAAGUAUUGUAGACAAGUGUAAUUUGUAUGGAAUUUACGUGCUAUUAGAUUCUCAUCAGGAUGUAAUGAGCGAUAAGUUUUGUGGAGAAGGUUUUCCAAGAUGGGCAGUUCGAACAGAAGGUACAUGGCCGUUUCCGAUACCUAUAGGACUAACAGCAGCAAUAUAUGAUCCUAUAACAGGACUUCCAGAUAAAGUAACUUGUGGAAGAGUGAAUUGGGCAUUAUUGUAUCUCUCACGUGCAGUAAAUGUGGCAUGGCAGAGAUUAUAUGAUAAUUAUGAUGGUUUAAGAGACGCAUUUGCAGCUCAAUGGGCAAAAAUUGCAUCAAUAUUUAAGAAUAGUAACAAUCUUCUUGGUUAUGAUUUACUUAAUGAGCCUUGGCCCGGAGAUACCUAUAGUAAUCUUGGUCUUUGGUUACCAAGUGUAAAUACACGUACAAAUUUAGGUCCAUUUUGGGAUGCAAUUAGUGCCGAAUUGCGCAAAGUUGAUAAUAAUGGAAUUGUAUUCUUUACAGGAGUAACGUGGGAUUUGUUCGGUAAUAACUUUGAUCAUGUACCAGGAGGUCCUAUUUAUCAAAAUAGAAGUUCAUUUGGUUAUCAUUAUUAUAAAGAAGUUAGAAUAAAGCCACCUAAUAUGGAUUUUCAAGUUCAUUUAGAAGAUAUUGGACGAACUGGUGGUGCAUCAAUGCUAACAGAAUUUGAAGCAGCUUAUGAUAGUGGGAAAAAUCUUCCAGGGUUGCUUACAAUUAUACAAGCAGCUGAUAAAUACUUACAAUCGUGGAUAGGAUGGCAAUACAAGGAUUUUUUUCCAUUAACAAGACAAUUACCUGGUGAUGGUUUAAUUGAUCCCAAUACUGGACAAGUAAGGCCAGAUGUUGCAAAAAUAUUUUCUAGAACUUAUGCCGAAGCAGUUUCAGGAAAUACUCUUAGUAUGGAAUUUGAUGAAGAAUUUAAAUUAGUUUAUGAAAUCAAUCCAUCUAUAAAAAAACCUACUGUUAUAAAAAUUCAAGAAAUAUAUCAUUACCCAAAUGGGUUUAUUAUAAAUAUUUCCCCGAAUGGUAAAGUUGAAUGGAAAAAAAAUGGAAAUUCUAUUUUAGUAAGUCCUAUUAAAGGUGCAAAUAUUCAGAAUGGCGAAGUUAUUACUAUUAGUAUUAGUGCAAAAUAACAUUUAUUUUAAAUAAUAAUAAUAAAUUAGACAUUCAUUUCUAAUGACUUUUUUUUUGCGCAAAAUACACU